GGGUCAUGUCGUGGCUCUUUGGCAUCAACAAGGGCCCCAGGGGUGAGGGCGCGGGGCCGCCGUUGCCUUUGCCGCCCGGGCAGCCUGGGGCCGAGGGCGGCGGGGACCGCGGCGCGGGAGACCGGCCGGGGCCCAAGGACAAAUGGAGCAACUUCGACCCGACAGGCCUGGAACGUGCGGCCAAGGCGGCGCGGGAGCUGGAGCACUCGCGCCACGCCAAGGAGGCACUGAAUCUCGCACAGAUGCAGGAGCAGACCCUGCAGCUGGAGCAACAGUCCAAGCUUAAAGAAUAUGAGGCCGCGGUGGAGCAGCUGAAGAACGAGCAGAUCCGUGUGCAGGCAGAGGAAAAGAGAAAAACCCUGAGUGAGGAGACCCGGCAACACCAGGCUAGAGCACAGUACCAGGACAAGCUGGCUCGGCAGCGCUAUGAGGACCAGCUGAAGCAACAGCAACUUCUCAAUGAAGAAAAUUUACGGAAGCAGGAGGAGUCUGUACAGAAGCAGGAGGCCAUGCGACGAGCCACUGUGGAGCGAGAGAUGGAGCUACGACAUAAGAAUGAGAUGCUGCGGGUGGAGGCCGAGGCUCAAGCCCGGGCCAAGGCCGAACGGGAGAAUGCGGACAUUAUCCGUGAACAGAUCCGCCUGAAGGCUGCUGAGCACCGCCAGACCAUCCUGGAAUCCAUCAGGACGGCUGGCACCCUGUUUGGCGAGGGAUUCCGUGCCUUUGUGACAGACUGGGACAAAGUGACAGCCACGGUGGCUGGAUUGACGUUGCUGGCUAUUGGGGUCUAUUCUGCCAAGAAUGCCACAGCCGUCGCUGGCCGGUACAUUGAGGCCCGACUGGGGAAGCCAUCCCUCGUGAGGGAGACGUCUCGUAUCACAGUGCUGGAGGCGCUGAGGCACCCCAUCCAGGUUGGCCAGCGGCUCCUCAGCAGACCCCAGGAUGCGUUGGAGGGUGUCAUCCUUAGUCCCAGCCUGGAAGCACGAGUGCGUGACAUUGCAAUAGCCACAAGGAACACCAAGAAGAACAAGAGCCUGUAUAGGAACAUCCUGAUGUAUGGGCCGCCGGGUACCGGCAAGACCCUUUUUGCCAAGAAACUUGCCCUGCACUCAGGCAUGGACUACGCCAUCAUGACUGGUGGAGACGUGGCCCCCAUGGGGCGGGAUGGGGUAACUGCCAUGCACAAGGUCUUCGACUGGGCCAACACCAGCCGACGAGGCCUUCUACUCUUCGUGGAUGAAGCAGAUGCCUUCCUCAGGAAGCGAGCGACAGAGAAGAUAAGUGAAGACCUCAGGGCUACCCUGAAUGCGUUCCUACACAGGACGGGCCAGCACAGCAGCAAGUUUAUGCUGGUCCUGGCCAGUAACCAGCCUGAGCAGUUUGACUGGGCCAUCAAUGACCGCAUCGAUGAGAUGGUCAGCUUCGACCUGCCACGGCGGGAGGAGCGGGAGCGCCUGGUGAGAAUGUAUUUUGACAAGUAUGUUCUUAAGCCGGCCACAGAAGGAAAGCAGCGCUUGAAGCUGGCCCAGUUUGACUACGGGAGGAAGUGCUCAGAGAUUGCUCAGCUGACAGAGGGCAUGUCGGGCCGUGAGAUCUCCCAGCUGGCUGUGGCAUGGCAGGCCAUGGCGUACGCCUCUGAGGAUGGGGUCCUCACCGAGGCCAUGGUGGACACCCGCGUGCAGGACGCCAUCCAGCAGCACCGGCAGAAGAUGCAGUGGCUGAAGGCAGAGGGACCCCAGUCCCAGGGCAGUCAGACCCCACCUCCCUGAGCCCAUGGGCCUGCACGUCUCGGACACACCAGCCCGUCCUUUGUCCUGUCGGUACUUCUCAGUUCUCCCCUGGGCGGGACCAGGGCUGCAGUGACGGCCUCUGUGCAGCUGUGGGUGUCCCUGUGCUGGGGCUGGGUCCUCGGCUCCCCAGUCCAUACCCUGUCAUCCCCCCACACACUGUGGCCUCCUUCCCAUUGCCUCAGGACAUUCUGGAGCCGUGUCUCCAAUCCCAGCUGAGAGAGGAGAAGCCAGCACUGUGCCCCCCAAGGUGGACUGCUGCAGCCAUGACCAGCAGGACUGGGGGCUUGACCAGUCCUUGUUCUCAGCUCCUGAAGAACCGGGCAUGGGGUGUGGGCGUGCCAGGACCAGACCCAGGGGUAAGGAUCCCUGCACUGUCCACUGCUGUGUCCUGCAUGUCCCCACCCUGUGCACUUUAGGGCUGGGAUGGAGCUGAGCGUGUGCCCAGCCCUGCCGGCUGGCCAGUGAUGUCUGGCACCUGUUGACUGUACCAGCCCAGAGGAGCUGCCCGUUCUCCUCAUGAUUGGAGUUGGGAGUCUUUUUAUCCAGUCUAAUAAAACAGACACGAGACCUUAA